GCGUUGUUUACCACUUUUUAUGUCGGCUUGGAGGGUAUGAAGAGAAAUAGAAGGCGAAAAAGACUUUCUGCUCUUUCUCUGUUAUUCACGUUCUCUUCGUUAAUGAAGCACUUGUUAAGUGCCGCAAUACCGAUUUCUCUGCACCGCCAUGUUAGUUCUAGAGGAAACUCGCGAGAUGCUACUGGGUUUGUAUCGCGAGAUCUCCCGAUUCUCGCGGGACCUUGUUGGCAGAGCAGUUGUCCUGGAUGGCGGAGCCUUGGGUUCCGGGGGCCUGGGACUCGCAACUCUUUCUACAAGAUACCAAGUUGUGCUAGUACAACCAUAUAAAUAAUUAAUACCUGAAGUCUCAAUGUCACAUGGACAUUAACAGUGAUGACAGAUAAAUGCAGACGCUUGGGAAUCAAAUACUAGGCGAAACACUUUAAAAAAGAAAGGAAUUUAGGAAGUUCUAGUAUUCUCCAUGGCUGAAGCUGAGAGUCUGAAACCCUGAUGCUUAAGCUCUAUUCUAGAUCAUAGCUCCAACUCCUUCAGGAUAUAAGGAAAAGAGAUAAUAUUUCCACAAUGAUAGAUCUUUGGUUGUACAGGUUUCCCAAUGAGUGGAUCAUGAUGACCGUAUUGUAGGGACUUGCCAUAGUAUGGCUGCUUCCCGAUCUACUCGUGUUACAAGAUCAACAGUGGGGUUAAACGGCUUGGAUGAAUCUUUUUGUGGUAGAACUUUAAGGAAUCGUAGCAUUGCUCAUCCUGAAGAAAUCUCUGCUCAUUCUCAAGUGCGUUCAAGAUCACCAAAGAAGAGACCAGAGCCUGUGCAAAUUCAGAAAGGAAAUAAUAAUGGAAGAACUACUGAUAUAAAACAGCAAAGUACUCGAGAAUCAUGGGUAAGCCCUAGGAAAAGAGGACUUCCUUCUUCAGAAAAAGAUAACAUAGAGAGGCAGGCUGUAGAGAAUUGUGAGAGAAGGCAAACAGAACCUGUUUCACCAGUUUUAAAAAGAAUUAAGCGUUGUCUUAGAUCUGAAGCACCAAACAGUUCAGAAGAAGAUUCACCUAUAAAAUCAGACAAGGAGUCAGUAGAACAGAGGAGUACAGUAGUGGACAAUGAUGCAGAUUUUCAAGGGACUAAACGAGCUUGUCGAUGUCUUAUACUGGAUGAUUGUGAGAAAAGGGAAAUUAAAAAGGUGAAUGUCAGUGAGGAAGGGCCACUUAAUUCUACAGUAGUUGAAGAAAUCACAGGCUAUUUGGCUGUCAAUGGUGUUGAUGUCAGUGAUUCAGCUGUUAUAAACUGUGGUGACUGUCAGCCCGAUGGGAACACUAAACAAAAUAGCACUGGUUCCUAUGUGUUGCAGGAAAAAUCAGUAGCUGAAAAUGGGGGUUCGGAUACCCACACUUCAAUGUUCCUUGAUAGUAGGAAGGAGGACAGUUAUAUAGACCAUAACGUGCCUUGCACACAUUCAGAAGUGCAGGUCAAGUUGGAGGACCACAAAAUAGUAACUGCCUGCCUGCCUGCGGAACGUGUUAACGAGCUGACUGCUGAGCCAGCUGCAGGCCCCCUUUCUGAAAUCCAUUCAUCUUUAAGGGAUUCUGAGGAGGAAGUAGAUGUGGUGGGAGAUAGCAGUGCCUCAAAAGAGCAGUGUAAUGAAAACACCAGUAACGCCCUGGACUCAAGUCUUGAGAGCAUGCCCGUGUCCGGAGAACCGGAGCCAUCUUCUGUCCUAGACUGUGUUUCGGCUCACAUGACGUCUGUGUCAGAACCGCAAGAGCACCGGUACACUCUGAGAGCUUCGCCACGGAGGGCAGCCCCUCCCAGAGGCAGCCCCACGAAAACCAGUUCUCCUUGCAGAGAAAACGGACAGUUUGAGGAGACGAAUCUUAACCCCAGUGAAACAAAGGCAACUGUUAGUGAUACCAUAAGUGAGUCUCUCUCAAAUCCUGAUGAAAUUUCUCAGAAUGAAAAAGGGAUAUGUUGUGACUCUGAAAAUUCUGGGAGUGAAGGACUAAGUAAACCAUCAUCAGAGGCAAGACUCAGUACUGGACAUUUGCCAUCCGCCAAAGAGAGUGCCAAUCCACACAUUACAGAAGAGGAAGAUGAUGAUCCCGAUGUUUAUUACUUUGAAUCAGAUCAUGUGGCACUGAAACACAACAAAGAUUAUCAGAGACUGUUACAGACGAUUGCUGUACUCGAGGCUCAGCGUUCUCAAGCAGUCCAGGACCUGGAAAGCUUGGGCAGACACCAGAGAGAAGCACUAAAAAAUCCCAUUGGAUUUGUGGAAAAACUCCAGAAGAAGGCUGAUAUAGGGCUUCCAUAUCCACAGAGAGUUGUUCAGUUGCCCGAGAUUGUAUGGGACCAAUAUACCAAUAGCCUUGGGAACUUUGAAAGAGAAUUUAAAAAUCGUAAAAGACAUACUAGGAGAGUUAAGUUAGUUUUUGAUAAAGGUUUACCUGCUAGACCAAAAAGUCCUUUAGAUCCUAGAAAGGAUGGAGAGUCCCUUUCAUACUCUGUGUUGCCUUUGAGUGAUGGUCCAGAAGGCUCAAGUAGCCGCCCUCAGAUGAUAAGAGGACGCCUGUGUGAUGAUACCAAACCUGAAACAUUUAACCAGUUGUGGACUGUUGAAGAGCAGAAAAAGCUUGAACAAUUACUCCUGAAAUACCCUCCUGAAGAAGUAGAGUCUCGACGCUGGCAGAAGAUAGCAGAUGAACUGGGCAACAGGACAGCAAAACAGGUUGCCAGCCGAGUACAGAAGUAUUUCAUAAAACUAACUAAAGCUGGCAUUCCAGUCCCAGGCAGAACACCAAACUUAUAUAUAUACUCCAAAAAGUCUUCAACAAGCAGACGACAGCACCCCCUUAAUAAGCAUCUCUUUAAACCUUCCACUUUCAUGACUUCCCACGAACCACCAGUGUAUAUGGAUGAAGACGAUGACCGAUCCUGUUUCCACGGCCACAUGAACACUGCUGUCGAGGAGGCAUCAGAUGAAGAAAGUAUUCCUAUUAUGUAUAGGAAUUUACCUGAAUAUAAGGAACUAUUACAGUUUAAAAAGUUAAAGAAACAGAAACUUCAGCAAAUGCAAGCUGAAAGUGGAUUUGUGCAACAUGUGGGCUUCAAGUGUGAUAGCUGUGGCAUAGAACCUAUCCAGGGUGUUCGGUGGCACUGCCAGGAUUGCCCCCCAGAAAUGUCUUUGGAUUUCUGUGAUUCUUGUUCAGAUUGCCUCCAUGAGACAGAUAUUCACAAGGAAGAUCACCAACUAGAACCUGUGUAUAGGUCAGAGACGUUCCUAGACAGAGACUACUGUGUGUCCCAGGGCACCAGUUAUAAUUACCUUGACCCAAACUACUUUCCAGCAAACAGAUGACAUGGACGAGAACACCAUAUACUAGUCCUCUUCAACACAUAGCAAUGGUAUCACUGUGAAUUAUGUGCACAGUUUGGAAAGGUUCUCUGCUUUCCCUGAAACGACACUCACGGCAUGACAGCUUCCUGAGUGUUCUCGUCAAGUCCAGCUCCGCACCGUUGUGGCUCUAGAUCACUGUUCAGCAGCUGAACAUUCCUGGUGAGGAAGGGGUUUCCCUGGUGAGUUUCUCACCGCCACCUCUGAAGCCUUUUAGGUGGCGAUCUUAAAUGGGUGAGAUGGAAACGAGAGCAAGUUCCAAAGGUUUCAGAGAACUUGGUCGUAAAUAUGCUAACGAGAAGACAAAGUAUUUAUAUUCAAACACUUUAGUAGCUUUCAGUUUUGUGAAAAUAGCUUUCAGCACAGAAGCUGACUUCUUUAGACGACGUUUUAACCAAUGGUGGUGUUUGCUUCUAGGACAUGCACACUUUAAAGGAAUUCACUGUCCAGUGGUGGCCACUGGUGGCCUUCAGUAAAUUGGAGCUGCUUGACCAUAUUGAUGUCUAAUUUCUUUUAACCACAGUGAACUGUCCGUAUUACCAACAGCGAAGCACUACAGGAGGCAGCUGUGUGGCAUUGCUUCCUUAACCAGCUCAUGGUGUGUGAAUGUUACAAAGUUGUCACUCAGAUAUAUUUUUUAAAUGUGAUGUUAUAUAAGAUGAUCAUGUGAUGUGUACAAACUACGGUGAAAGUGCCAGUGGUGGUAACUGUGUAAAGUCUCUAAUUCAAAACAUUAAUUCCUUUAAAAUACACAGCCUUCUGCCUCUGUAUUUGGAGUUGUCAGUGCAACUCAUCGAAGAAAACUGCCUAAUAUAAAAAUCAUAUAUAUGGUAAUAAUUUCCCUCUUUUGUAGUCUGCACAAGAUCCAUAAAAGAUUGUAUUUUUAUUACUAUUUAAACAAGUGAUUAAAUUUAGUCUGUGCAGUGAGCAAGAGUUCACAUGCAUUCUUUUAUACUGCUGGAUUUUGUUGUGCAUCAUUUAAAACAUUUUGUAUGUUUCUUCUUAUCUGUGUAUACAGUAUGUUCUUGAAUAAUGUUCAUUUGUCAGGAGAACUGUGAGAAAUAAACUAUGUGGAUACUGUCUGUUUAUAUUAUA